AUGGCCCGUAAAGAUGACUCGAAUGCAAGGGACCUCUGGGAGAAAGAGGAGCUGUUGAAGAGCACUUAUCCAGUCGGCACAACCUUUGCUGAUGACUUCAUUGUUGUCGAAAAGUCUCCAAGCAGCAUUCUGCUGCGGGGCGGGCUGUCCCCCACAGUAGCCCCUGAUGGCCCACGCGAGUUGGACAGCAUCAUAACUCUAGUUGCAGACGUCGACCGACAGGCCCGAGUCGUCAGCUUCAAGCUCAAGUCGAUACUCCUCAAUGGAGUGAGCGACGGUAAAGGUGUUCCACUCGUUGGACCCGGAAUCUUCUUGCACCAGCAGUACGCUAAGCUAUUGGUGACUGCUGGCGUUGACCAUUGUGUUGCGUGA